GUUGACGUGAUUGGAACGAUGCAUUUCUGGGGACUGACCCUGGAUACCGUAUCCUGCGUGAUUCUGGUGAUUGCCAUCGGGCUUUGCGUGGAUUAUUCGGCCCACAUGGGCCACACUUUCAUGACUCUGGCUGGCGAUAGAAAAACAAGAGUCAGGGUGACGAUCGAGGAAAUCGGACCCGCCGUUUUCCACGGAGGCUUCUCCACUUUCAUAGCCUUUGUGUUGCUCAGUGGAUCUGAAUCAUACGUUUUCACCACUUUCUUCAAGGCCAGCGUUUUGAAUUACCAAUACGAUUCCAUGAGCGGAUCCGCGAUUCAAAUCGAAGCCAUGAGAACAACCAAGGAAAUCAUUGCUAACGAACAGCUCGUUUCCGUUGAGCCGGAAGCGGAAGUCGGGGCAUUUGCAUUUUCCCCGGCAUUUGGAAAUUGGAUCACUGACGAAGUUAUUGGCGACGAAUUGUUGCGGAAUAUGUUGCUGGCCUUGCUGUGUGUGCUGAUCAUGACAUUGAUACUCAUCGCAUCAAUACCGACUUGCCUGAUGGUGCUGCUUUGUGUGAUUCUUACCCUGGUUGACGUGAUUGGAACGAUGCAUUUCUGGGGACUGACCCUGGAUACCGUAUCCUGCGUGAUUCUGGUGAUUGCCAUCGGGCUUUGCGUGGAUUAUUCGGCCCACAUGGGCCACACUUUCAUGACUCUGGCUGGCGAUAGAAAAACAAGAGUCAGGGUGACGAUCGAGGAAAUCGGACCCGCCGUUUUCCACGGAGGCUUCUCCACUUUCAUAGCCUUUGUGUUGCUCAGUGGAUCUGAAUCAUACGUUUUCACCACUUUCUUCAAGAUAUUCUUCUGCGUGGUGCUGUUCGGUAUGUUCCACGGCUUGUUCUUCCUGCCGGUGCUGCUGAGUUUCCUCGGCCCGGCCCCGUAUGCAACAGCGGAAGACGCGGGAGAUAAAGAAGAGACCAUCAGGAAUCAUUCGGGUUAUCGCAGCAGCGGACGCGGGCACCCUGAUAACAGCAAGAAAAGAGUCAAAGGAAGAGAUCAGGGGAAUCCUCGAAACGAGUUCGGCCCUUCCACUAAAAACGCGACUCCAGCACUUCAAGAAGAACCCAGAUAUUCCGGCAUCUCGAAUACUGGCUUUGUUGAGAUUCCGCUUGAGGUUAUCCCUGGCCGCGAAUCCGAGACUAUGGGGGAUCUCGUGGAAGACGAACUGGACAUAUAUGGAGAUGACUUGGGUGAAGAGUUAGCUAAAAGAGAAGAGGAAGGUGAUUUGGUCGAUCUUUACGAAGACGUUCUGGCACCGUCUUCUCGAUCCAUUGAACACCGAAAUGGACCCCGGCGAAGUCUGUCUCCUGUUCGAAACGGUUCACACCAUCACACGGGAUCGCGAGUGUCUGUUGUCGUUGGUAACCUGAACUGGUGGACGAAUGAGACUGACGUUGAGAAUGCUAUCAAAGCAACAGGCGUUGACGACUUCCUUGAGUUGAAAUUUGGAGAGAAUCGUGCAAAUGGGCAGUCCAAAGGGUAUUGUGUGGUGACGGUGGGUUCAGAAGCUAGCGCAAAACUAAUUUUGGAGAGAUUUCCGAAACGGGAAAUCAAUGGCCAGGUUCCACUCGCCCUGCCGCACACUAAAUCUGUAAUCGCCCAGUUGGAUUCCCAGUCAAAGAGCUCCAGGCCUUCUCCUCCGAUAAAUCAUCUUCCUCCUUUGGGUCCAAGCCGUGGUGUUCCGCCACAGCUUGGUGCGCCGCUGAGGUCUUCAGCGAUGAUGCUAGGCUUGCCACCUGGUCGCCGUGGACUACCGCAUUCGUUGCCUCCGCCUGGUGGACGACCCCCCCCAAUCGGUCCACCUCCGAUGCGAGGCCCGCCACCAGGAUUACCGCCUAUCGGCCUGCCUCCUGGACCCCCGCUUACCUUACCCCCAAUGCGUCCGCCGAUGAGUGGUAUUCCGCCGCCACUCGGACCCCCACCUUUGACUGCUCCACCUCCGGGAUUGCCGCCACCUGGAAUUCCUCCUCCCGGCCCGCCGCCCAUGGACGGUCGUGGACCAGGACGCCUACCAGAUUGGUCCCGUGGAGCGCCUCCUGGACCACCUCCUUCGCAUCCGCCUCCUGCGUUGCAUGUGAAUCCGGCGUUCCUGAAUGCUCCUCCGUCACAGCCACCUCCUGGUUAUGGACAUCCGCAGCAGAAACCCAACUUGUCAGAAGCUGAAUUCGAGGAUAUCAUGUCAAGAAACAGGACCGUAUCAUCCUCGGCCAUAUCCAGGGCUGUUCAAGAUGCGGCUACCGGCAAGUUUUCUAUUUUUUGGGCUUUUCUUACAAAAGCGAUCAUCUUGAGAGAAACUUUGACGGUCGCAUGA